AUGGUACCCACGACGCCAGCAAUCACUCCUCACGUGGCAGGUGGCCUCACCGUCCUGUUUACGAUUAUCUACAUUGCUCCUUUCUACCUUUCACCUACACUGCGGAGCAACUCCAUCGCGAAUCGUAACACGCCUUCCGUCAUUCAGGCCCGCAUCCGCGCUGUGGUCUGGAGCUGUGUAACCAGCGUAGUCAUUACCGUCUGCGUGCUCUCCUUUAAGGGACAUGUCGCCCCACGGGAGGUGCUGCAUCUGCUUGGCGUGUACCCAGUGAGUAUCAUCGAUACUGCCAAGUCUUUUCUACUUGUAGCCAUCCUCUUUGCUGGUCCCUUGUUUGAAAGAGCCGUCGUCGAAGGGGAGUGGAGAAGCUGGGGAGCUGUCACGGUCAAGGAAACGGUCUACGAUGAUUUGAUAGGAUGGCGUAACCUCGUGGUUGGCCCAGUAAGCGAAGAACUGGUGUUCAGAAGUCUCGCAAUUUCCCUGUUCAUACUGGCUCAGACGUCCGCUCGCCGUAUAACGUUCACGUCACCGCUAAUUUUUGGCGUGGCUCAUGUACAUCAUUUGCACGAGACAAUCAACUCUUCACGCCGGCCAGGAGCAAGUUAUCUAAGCACUGCUCUGACGCCUUCGGUCAUACUGCCUGGCUUGAUCCGUUCCGUCUUUCAAUUCUUCUACACGUCAUUGUUUGGAUUCAUCGCGGCUUUCAUUUACUUGCGGACGAGCUCUCUUAUAGCAUGCGUCCUUGCUCACAGCUUCUGCAACUGGAUGGGUCUGCCUAGAUUCUGGGGUCGCGUCGGACAAGAAGUCGGAGAAGAAAUUUUAGACCAGUCACACAAUGCUGACGGUAAUGUUGCCGAUGCCUUGCAGGCUGGUACAGACGACCAGCAGCUGUCCAUCAUCUGGACGAUUGCAUACUACAUCAUUCUCUUCUCAGGCGCCAUUGCGUUCUGGAAACUUCGAUGGUCAUUGACACACAGUGAUUCGGCCUUGACAGAAUUUUAAAUAGAAGACUAUCUGUGGCCGUGCUCUAAGUCUCUUCCUCGCUGGCACCCACCACGGGCGCAGCUUCCGGCUCCCAAUCGUCAGUCAAAACAGUCAGGAUACCUGUGACUUCCUUGCAAUGAUGCGACAACAUCUCCUGCAUGUCGUUAUAAUCGCUCCUUUGCAGCGUGCCCCACUUCUUGCCAGGAGGCUUGAACUUAUGUUUUUCCCAGACAUAAUGACCAGUGGCCACAAAGAUCUUGGACGCAUCUCUGUACCAGCGGUCCAAGAAGUCGUCGGUUGUGGACUUGUAGGAUGGCAAGGUACACUCGUCGGAAAUGAAGCCAAUGACCUUGGUCAGCC